CUUCGCUGCUACCACUGCUUAUAUUAGUCACUCGGCUUUAGCCGUUACUGUCUUUUAACGUUCAGUGCUCACCGCUCGAUAAACAAUGUGAAAGUCCCUUCGUGGUCGCCAGUGUUAACCUUUCCUGUUGUCUGCUUCCUGACCGUGGUCGGGAAGCACAGGGGAGAACCGUCUUCUCCAGGGCUAAAGUAGCUUCUGUUGUGUUCAUGUGAAAUAACUUUGCAGUAUUACAGGCUGUUCAUAAAAGAGUCCUACAGAGGGCGCUAUCCCAAAGCUGUAGCAGGAUAGGACCUAGAGCAUGAGAGAAGAAGUGAAGACACAUGCUAAUGAAUAAAGCUACAUCCUGCCUGUUCCAUUCUACUGUGUGGUGAAUGUCUAAUACCCACACACAACAAAGUGGCGACGAGGCAAGUAGUGAGGAAGAGAUGGCUCUACUUUCCUUACAACCUCCUGCGGUUUUCCUGGAGUGCCCGGGUGAACCAAAGAUCGCUUUUGAAGCGUGGAAAAAGUUGUACGACAACUAUUUGCUUGCUAUCGGGGGAAAUGGCUUUUCCGCCGAGAGGAAGAGAGCCUUGAUUAUUCACUGCUUGGGAACAGAAGGACAACGAAUCUACAGCACUUUGCCACUCGAUAGUGAUGACUAUACAGGGACUGUGAGUGCUUUGGAAAAAUACUUUUCUCCAAAAGUGAACGUUGUUGCCGAGAGGUACCGUUUUCGCCAGCGAGCACAAGCGGUGGGUGAGUCUACAGAUCACUAUGUUGCAGCAUUACAUGAGCUCGUUAAACAUUGUGGAUUUGGCAACAUGGAGAAUGAGAUGCUGCGCGACCAGAUUGUAGAAAAGACUAACAAUCCUCGAAUACGUGAAAGACUGCUAAUGGAGGAAAAUCUGACUCUAGUAAAGACACUGGAUAUAGCUCAGCGCAUUGAAUCUGCCAUAGCCAAUGCAAAAGCCAUUGCUGAUACCGACACUUCAAAAGAUGUUGCCGCGGUGCAUGUGAGGAAAAAGAGCAAUUUCAAAACAAAGCGGAGUAAGCCAAAGAUGGAUGGAAAAAGCAAUACAUGCUACCGUUGCGGGUCAGAAAACCAUCUUGCAAAUGAUAAAUCUUGUCCUGCUAAAGACUGUAAAUGUAAAAUGUGUGGAAAAAUAGGGCAUUAUUCUCGAGUUUGUAAAUCCUCUGCUAAGCCUGUAAAUGAAGUGUCCAAUAAGAGUGAUGAUGUGAUCGUGCCUGAAAUAACUGUCUUGGCUGUGAACAGUGGUAUUGACAUUUCUAAGCUAAUGUGUACUGCUACUAUUACUGCACCUACUGCUCAGGCCUGUGAUAUUGAGAUGCUUGUCGAUACAGGGUCAGGUGUGUCUAUACUGCCUAGUGAUGUGUACCGUAAACACUUUAGUUUGAGUAAGCUAAAUGAACCCAAAGUGCAACUGGUUACAUAUUCUAAGGAUAAACUGAAUGUGUUAGGGUGUCUUAAAGCUACAAUUACUUACCAUAACAAGUGUGCUACUACUGACUUUUACAUAGUCAAAACGGGAACACCAAUACUCGGUAUGGACCUUUUUGCUGCUCUUGAGUUAGAGAUAAAAGGAGGACAGUUGCUAUCUGACAUCUCUACAGUCAGUACAACCCUUCACCAAACCGAAGCCUCACCCAAACAAACAGUGAAAGCUCCAGUUGCGUUUGGAUGCGCAAAAGACUUUGUUCACAAAGUAAAAGUGCGACCUGAAGUCAAGCCUGUGCAACAAAAGCUCCGCCGCUUACCUCUCUCAGUGCGUGAUGCUGUAUCAAAUGAACUAAAGAACCUGGAAGAAAAUGGAAUUAUUGAGAGGAUUGACGCAUCUGAGUGGGUAUCCCCAAUUGUGGUCACCCAGAGAAAGACCGGUGACAUUCGUAUGUGCGUGGACUUGAGGGAACCUAACAAAGCUGUCAUUAUAGAUGGCCAUCCUCUGCCGUUGAUUGAGGACAUAAUGUCUGAGCUGCGUGGAGCUGUCAUGUUCUCCACUCUAGACCUCAAAUCUGCAUAUCACCAACUAAAGCUGCAUGAAGAUAGCAGAGGGCUAACAGCUUUUAUUACACACGAAGGCCUGUACCGAUAUUGCAGAGUUCCAUACGGACUUAGCUCCGCCCCUGCCGCCUUUCAAAAGAUGAUGUCAACGAUCCUCAGUGGACUGGAAGGUGUUCAGUGCUACCUUGACGAUGUCAUUGUCUAUGGAACUUCUGAAGCGGCGCACGAGGUAAAUCUGAAGGCUGUGUUACGUAAAAUAAACAACGCAGGCCUGAGGUUGAACAUGGACAAAUGCAAGUUUCGUCAAACUACUCUGAGUUUUCUUGGCUGCAAGGUCGGCUCAGACGGUCUGCUGCCAGAUGACUCUCACGUAGCUGCAAUCCUGAAUGCUCCGCCUCCUACUGACCUUGCUGCACUGCGCUCAUUCCUAGGGCUGACAACCUGGUACAAUAAAUUUGUGCCCAACUAUGCUGAUGUUGUGGAGCCCCUGAGAGUUUUAUUGCGAAAGAACAGUACAUUUCAAUGGAACGAUGAACGUCAAGUGAGUUUUGACCAAGUCAGACAGCUGAUUGUCAACAGCCCUGCACUGGCGCUAUUUGACCCUGCCAGGCCUACCAUAGUUUCUACUGAUGCUUCAGACUAUGGGCUUGGGGCCGUCCUUACUCAAAUGAACAACAAUGGUGAAGAACGUACUGUGGCUUUUGCCUCCCGCAGUCUGUCGGACGCAGAGAGGAAGUAUUCCAUUGUCGAAAAGGAAGCGCUAGCAUGCGUUUGGUCUGUCGAAAAAUGGCGAACAUGGCUCUGGGGAAGAAAAUUCCUUUUGCGCACUGAUCAUCAAGCGCUAACAACACUCCUCACGACCAAAGGAAACAACCGUGCUGGCCUACGGAUAGCCAGGUGGUCUGCGCGCCUGAUGGAGUUUGACUACAAUGUUGAAUAUAGAAAAGGUUCAUUGAACAAUGUUGCUGACUGUCUAUCAAGACUUCCACUGCCAGAGACAGAUCCUGCAUAUGCUGAAAAUGUGGAGUCUGUUGCAACCAUUCUCGCCGACCUAAGCGCUGUUUCUGAGGAUGAGUUUGAGUCCGCCUGCCGUGACUGCCCGGUGCUAAAAAAGCUGUGUGCACAGAUAAAAAGGGGCUGGCCGUCAAAGAAGAAAGCGGUUGAUCCUGAAUUACAGCCCUACUUCCUGAUUAGACAUGAGCUUGUGGUCAUAGAGGACUGUGUCAUCAGAGGUACUCAUCGUUUACUUGUACCUGAGUCUAUGCAGACAAGGCUCAUUGAUAUCCCUCAUGAGACACACCAAGGCAUUGUUAAGACUAAACAACGCCUCAGAGAACUAUAUUGGUGGUACAAGAUGGACUCACAAAUAGAGACAUUUGUUAAAAACUGUACGACUUGCCGUCUGAACGAUAAAACAACAGUGACCCAUGAUGCCCCGCUUCAUCCUGUGCCCCUGCCAGCCGCUGCCUGGGAGAAGGUUUCAGUGGACAUUGUGGGCCCGUUUGAGAUAGCACCUGCUGACUGUCGGUUUGCUAUAACACUUGUGGAUUACCAUAGCAAGUGGCCUGAAGUGGCUUUCGCUCCCCGUGCUGACACCGCUACUAUGAUCCAGUUCCUGUCCACUGUUUUCUCUCGAGAGGGGAAUCCAAAAGAGCUGGUCAGUGAUAACGGACCUCAGUUUGUCUCCACUGAGUUUGCUGAGUUUCUCAAGAGAAGGGACAUUACACACCUGAAAUCAUCUGUAUACUAUCCGAGAGCUAACGGGGAAGUAGAACGCUUUAACCGUGUUAUUAAAGACUGUUUACAGACUGCUACAAUCCAAAAACAACCAUGGAAAACAUUCCUGAGAACAUUCCUGAUGGACUACAGAGCGACACCUCAUUCCACCACUGGUGUAUCCCCUUCAGAACUGCUUCAUGGAUGCCGAAUGAGAACAAAGCUGGUGAUUAAAGAGAUGCCUGUACCGUCCACAGACGAGCACACUAUACGUGAAAGAGUCAAACAAAAACAAAUAAAAUCAAAACAAUACACAGAUGCUCACCGACAUGCCAAAACAACAGAAUUCCGGCCUGGUGACCAAGUCCGGGUUAGGAAACCUUGGAAAGUAAAGAAAGGAGAACUCAAGUUUACCAAACCAAUGACUGUUCUAGCCAGAAAAAGUUCUAACAGUUACCUGCUGGAUGAUGGAAGAGUCUGGAACGGCUCACGCUUAUCCGCAUUGGCAGAGUUGAACCCAGAAUCAAACUUGGACAAUGUAAUGAACUUUACGGAGCAUGCGACUGACGAACCACUUCAUCCUGAGUCUGGUUCUGCACUAAGACCUAUCAGGAUUAGAAACCCACCUAGUUGGACCCAGGACUUUGUCAUGUCUAAAUGAGGGCAAAAGAGUGUCUUAUUUGUUUAACAGUCUUAGUGUAGAUUCUGAGUUACAUACUAAGUACUGAACGCAAUAUGUAAAUGUUUUGUUGAUACGCUGAUAGUUCAUUGCAUAAGAAGUAUCCUUUGUUGAAAAGGGGAAGAUGUUGUGUUCAUGUGAAAUAACUUUGCAGUAUUACAGGCUGUUCAUAAAAGAGUCCUACAGAGGGCGCUAUCCCAAAGCUGUAGCAGGAUAGGACCUAGAGCAUGAGAGAAGAAGUGAAGACACAUGCUAAUGAAUAAAGCUACAUCCUGCCUGUUCCAUUCUACUGUGUGGUGAAUGUCUAAUACCCACACACAACAGCUUCCUUCAGGGCUAACUCCCCAGACUCGACUCCACACUUGUUGCGGCGGUGGCACACACAUCCACCAGGAAGACAGAGGCCGUCUUGCCGAAGAGAGGGGCUUUUAUUUUGACUACUGCACUGUUAUCAGCAACAUGCCAUUGCUCACUACCUGCCCCGGUCGCCGUCUCGGUCGUCUCUCAACUACGUCUUCUCUUACACACACCGAGCGCCCGCCCGCUCGCUCCACUCGUGCACCCGCAGCGCAGCUCGGCCACGUGCACACACUCACUCACCCGCAUUCACACACUGAGCUGCCUGAGCUACACCUGACAACAAGACACAUCCCAUAACACCGUCAUUUAAAAAAACAAGAAACUGUCAAAUGUGUUUUUGAAAAUUGCCAUUUCAAAACAAAUAUCUAUGGUACUUUUGCCUCUCAUAGGACACGAAAACACACUCCUCACUCACUGGAUGACUUCAAGGCUGAGCUUUUACACAGACAACCUGGAUGCUCAUUCCAUCGGUGGAUUUGUUGAGAGUUUCUCAAGUUCAUAGGUCUGUAGAUGGUGUCUUGGAGAGCGCUCCAAAUUUCAAGACUCUGAGGUUCGAACAGGAGCAUUUCCUAGCAGGACCAAAGAAGACCACACAGUGCAUGUUCAGAAUGCACAGUGAUAGCAAAACAAGAUGGCAGAUGAUAGAGCAAACAACAAGCGAUCUCGAGACGGAGGAGAACAUGGAGAUAUUUCCCCUGCUGAAAGAAUGCUGAAUGCAAUAUACAACAAGGAAAAGGAUUAUACUGAUUUUGAUGUUCCUGAUGUUCAAAUGGAUCAUCCGAAUAAACCUGCUGCACUUUGUGUCAUUAUUCAAGACCAUAUGAUUAACAAGCUUGAACUGCCUUGUGGAAUACCAGAGACAGUGGAUGAGCUACAAUCUAUUGUGCAACAAAAGUAUAGGUUGGAGCCAGGGAAGUUUACCUUACAUUACAAGGAUGUUGAUUUUGGAGGGGAGUUUUUUUCUCUUGUGUCAACAAAAGAUCUGAAAUACAAAGACACAAUUAAAGUUGUCCAUAUUGUUGAUCUCUCCUCAAUCCAAUUAGUUGUAACUGACCUGGAUAGUUCCAACACAAGUGUAGCCAGCUACAACUCAACUGCAGCCAGCAGUUCCACUACACCUGCGAGUGCUUAUUUAUCUGAAUCCAGUGAUACAGUGAUCCUGUCAUCACCUGAUCAUGGGAAUCUGCGCUCAAAGUGUUGGCCCUCCGAAUUUCCAAUACCACAUUUCCGCAAUGACACAGAACUUGUGCUAGCAACAGGUAACGAUGCCUUCAGUAAAGAUGGAUGUCCACUCAGCUCUACUGCCAUCCUGCCAGACAUCCUUGAGAGAUUAGCUGAAACCAUCUUUGAGUAUGUUGCAUUUCCUACAAGCGCACAGUUUGCUGAUUUAGCAGAGGCACUGAUUCGCAAACAUCCUUACCUGAAAGAACCAGGGUCCUACAAUGGAUGUUAUGGAUGGCAACAAAGACUGAAAUUUAAAAUGGGCAAUUACAGAUCAAAACUUAGGGGUCUUGGGUGCCCUGAGCUUGAUGUUAACUCCCUCCUGAAAAAGAGAUCCCCUGAGAGAACUCCUGCAAAGAAUCUGAAGAAAGCUCGGAAGGGUGAGGCAAAUUACCUACCACCUCUUCCUCAAGGAGCAACACAAGAAAGCCUUGAACAAGUAAGACUGGAGCUUCUAAGUGAGAUAAAGAAGAGAAAUAAUUCCCAGAUUAUCAGUGACAAAAUGGAAAAGACCUUUUCCAUUCGCAGACAAGAGAUUGUUACCCUGGCCCCACCUGUCAGUGACUUGAAGGAACGAUGGCCUACUCUAUUUCUUCCUGCACAGAUUAAGGAAGAAUAUAAAAGAAUCACCACUGCCAAUCUGGAGUCAAUUUUCAUGGCAAAUCUGGACCAGUGCAUACCAAGCUUGAUGCCGUCGGUGAUGUCAAGAGGAGGGGCUGCCAAAUAUAAGAUCCAGAAAAUUAUGAAACUUCUGAAGAACAACACCAUUGAAACUCGCAGAGAGGUUGCCAUUCGCUGCUUGGUGGUCUACCUUGGGGAAAACGAGGAUAAUCUUUUCGAAUAUGUGGAUUCUGAGGGCCAAAUUGGAGAUCUUGACAGUCGAGUGAUGAAGAUCCUAGUCACCAAAGGUGACCCAGCAUCUGAUCCAUCCAGUGCGAUCAUCAUGAUAGAGGGCACAGAGGUCCUGCAGGGGUUGGAUGUACCAAGAGCCUGUGCUUUGCUGAUGGGCCUCAUCUAUGCCCUCAAUCUGAGCUACCCACGGGAGCUGAAGCACACUUGCAAGGUAUUUCAGAAAUUAUUCCUGAAAAUAGAUGAUCAGAAAAGCAGCCCCAAAGUCACAUCUCUAAAGCAAAAGCUGCUGGGAAAAGCCUUUGAACCUCAUCGCUGAAAAUCAAAACAUGGACACCUCUCAUUUGUGCUCUGAUGGACUUGAUGUUCCAGUUGUUCUUUCAAGAUUACAUGGUUAAAUGUUAUCCAGCUUGCAUAUGAGAUGGUUACUGCUCCUGUUAUUCCAGUCUUUUGAGGUGGAUUGUCAUGUCUGGAGAGCUGGAAUAUUGCGAAGUGUAGUCUCUUCAGAUGACCCAGAAUGUUAACCCGUUGCGCUUCAGUUGCGCUUCAGUGUCCCGCCCGCGGUACACUUUGAGAUCUGCAUAAGCAAUUUGCUAAAUGUCUGAAACUGCAAACGCGAUUAUACAAACACUAUACGCUGAUGGAAAGCUGAGAUUCUCAUGAAUCCGCCGGUAUAAACCACUUUCAGAUGUGAUUACCACAGCGCGACUCACAUUUCCGGGUUCAUUAUUACACACAGAUGAAAAUAUUCCACAAAAAACGGCCAUAAUCCAACCUUGGACAUCCAGACGAAACAAGCCAGUAACAUAUUUUGUCCAAACCAUGUCUUGAAGUCGGUAUAUGAUCCACGAAUAGGUCGUUUUCACGGAAAUGCACCUCGCGAUGCGCAUCCAAUAUUCCCUGUAUUUCUCGUCAUAUUUUUAUUUACAAAUAGAAUAUUAGCGAUUUUUUUGUACUGAAAAUGGCUGGAAUUGACUGCAGCUUAAAGGGUUAAGCGUUUUUGAUAGUGCUGGUCAGUGGUAUUUGCACUUUAGAUCCACAAACAUAGUCACUGAGCAGUGACAUCAAACCACUGUGAACCUCACAGAUGCAAAAGGACACUUCUACAUCUUGACCAACUCAUGAACUGUGCCUUUAUGUUUGUGGAUCCAAAGUGCAAAUAUCACUGACAGCAUUAUCAAAAACGUGCUACUCAUAGUUCUCUGAAUCUAGAGCUGUUCAACUCAUUUAAUCCCAAAUUUUUAAGUGCAUGCAUAUUAAUCCUAGACCCCCUUACAUAUUACAUUUAUGUACUUUGUUUUUUAUUUUAUGAUGGUUAAGUUAAUGAAAAUUUAAGUUUUAUCUUUGGUCACAAUUGUGGCCGAUGGGAAACAGCAUAGUAAAACACACACAAUAGCACGGCACACACACUUGCACACCAUACACACUAAACACACACACACACACACACACACACACACACACACACACACACACACACACACACACACACACACACACACACACACACACACACAAACACUACACACUAACACAUUACAUACACACACACAGUAACAUACUUCUGACAAAAACUGACCAAAAUGGCAGUAUCAAGAUCUUAAAUAAAGGAAGUUGAUGUUUAACAGCUCUGAUUCAGAGAACUAUGAGUAGCAAGUUUUUGAUAAUGCUGUCAACCACAUUUGCACUUAUAUUGGGCACAACCGGGUACCGUUCAUGAGUUGCCAAAAUGUAGAAGUGUUCUUUUACCUCUGUGAGGUUCACAGUUGUUUGAUGUCACUGCCUCACCUCACUGUUAGAUCACUGAAUCAAGAUAGAUAUGUCAAAUUUCAAGUUUACAGGUGUUUACAAAAUAAACGUUUGGAACAGUGAA